UCUUUCUAGAAAUAUUAAAAGAGAUGGUGUUUGCAGGUUUCUGCAGAAAAUCAUAUAUUGGUAUCACUUCAUUAUUUUCCAUGAAGGAAAAUUUUCCUGUCAGCCUGGUGGAAAAAAAACCAACAAAAACUGCAGAUCCAGUCACUCGAUAAAUGUCAACCUCUUAACUACAACACAGCUUUAAAUAUUACUGAUUGUAAUUCGGGCAAAGAACAAGAGAGUAGGUUGAAUUUUACACAUUACAAAUAUUUACUUAAAAUUGUACAACACUUUAAAGCAUGCACUGUCAAAUAAUUGAUGGCCUUUUUCCUGAGAUGAGUCAUUUAUUUUCAAAAGAACAAAAUAUUUUUACUGAGAAAUUCUUUAGUUUAUCAUUGCUGAUCAAUGCCACGCUAAAAUGCGUAGAAGAGAACUAAAUAGAGCUUAAAGUGUCUGAUAGAAAUCCGGAAUGACUGGAAGGCUUUUAUUUGGUAGGUUUUAGAACAGAGAAGUGGGUGUUGAAAACCUUUUACUAAACUAUCUCUGUCUGCAAAACACAUGGACUUUUGAAACAGAGGCAACAAAAAUGUUUCACAUAUAUCUAAUUUAUAUAGUACCCAACACAUUCAUUUGCACUACAAAAAUUAUCUCAAAUUAAAACAGGGAUAAUUGGGAUUUAUUUUUUGUAGUGAGGUUUUAUGAAGUUACUAUUAAUGUUUCCCCUAGAAACAGUCUUAUUUGUGUGAGUUAUUUUAAAAUGUUGACGUCUGUUAAAUUGGGGAGGAGAAAAUCUGUCUGGCUGUUACUUUGCACCACUCUGAGGAUUGCUUUGUAUUUCUACAAUCUCGCUGAGAUAUAUCUACUUCAGAUAAGGGGCUGGUAGCAACUCCCUAUAACAUGCCUUUGGUGUCAUCUCAAGCGCUUUUGGGCAAGUGUUUGGCCACAUCCUGGACAGGUAGUCAGUCCUUAAUGAUGUCCCAUCAUUUGUGAUAAUUGUUUUCAUCAAACAUGCCAAAAUUCACAGAAUAGAUAUGCUUUACUGUUGUUAUCCUUCUAUGUUUGCUUGAACUUGUGAAUUGUUAUGGAAUAUUAAGUGCGGAAAACUAAAAGCUCUCAUAUUAGCAAAAAUGGGUUGCAAAAAAUACUAUAGUAAAUAAUAUAAAAUUAACAACUGUGAGUCAUGUUUUGACUGUUUUUAUUUAAUCUCAAAGCGAAUUUUACUGAAAACUUCAGGGCAAAUAAACUUAUGUAACAUAUCCUCCACGGAAGAUUUUCUUUUUUGUCUCCAUUUCCUGUUUACCGCAUCAGAUGUCGUGCAACAAAAAAAAAUAUGUUUAUAACUGUUCAACAGAAGUAAUCACCUGUUUAAGGUUUUCCCCUGACUGCUUAACAGGUUUUGUGACAUUGAUCUGUUUGAAAGCAUUUUUCUUUUGAACUUGAGAUUAAAACAAAACUAAAAGAAGGAGGAAACUUUCUCCUCCUACGUAUAAGGAAAUAUACUCAUUUCAAAAAGUAUAAAUGAGGCUUCGUCCACUUGUUGGGCAUAGUUUUUCUUUCCAUUUGUCUCACAUCUGCAUCAGGAUAAUGGCCUCUGAUAUCGGUGAGAGAGCACCUAAAGAAAGAAUGUACAUAGAGCUCCCAAAGAAAUACCGGGCUGUCUUGUCCAAAUUCUAUGAUUUGGAUCAUGGCUUGUUCAUCACAGACCUGGAUCCCUAUAUAAAUGAAGAUUAUGUAGCUGCCUAUUUUAAACCUUUUGGAUGUGUCACAAUGUGCCAGAUCAAGAAUAGUGCCGGUUCUUCAAAGGAUAGACUGGCCUUUGUGAGGUUUUCUACCGAAGCUGAAGCAGACCUAGCAGACUGGGCUGGUCCUCACUUUAUAGGAGGGACAGAAUGCAAAGUGAGACGGGUUGUCAGUCCAAAGGUCGAAGGCUAGUCAGACGGUGUGCCCACUCAAGUGCAAAUUCAACCUUUACUUCGCCGUCCAAUGGAUCUGGGCUACAGACUGGAAGAUCCUCAGUGUUUAGAUGAAGAUGAUAAGAAUAAACAAACCAAUUAGUGUUGAGAUAAAUCAGGAAUCUCGAGAAGACUUGCAGAAUUUGACAAUGAGGAAUGUUCUCAAAAUAACAUCUAAACUCUUCCUAAUUUGCCAUCACAUCUGUUAUAUGUGUUAUGGAGACAUGACACAUUUUCUUCAUAAGGCUUUCUCACAUUUUGCUUUGAUAUGCCUGUGUAUUUUUGAGAAAUAUUUUGUCCAAAUAUAUCAUUGUCAAUGAUAGAUGAAUAAAAUAUGAAGUGUGUAUUUGCAAAUUAUACAAGCCAAAUUCCUAUGUCUUACUAAAUACACAAAUCAGAUCAUCACACAACUCUGCUGUGAAAAAUAACGGCAUUUUUGAGCCACAUUUUUUUGUUUCUAACAUGUGCAAUUUUUUGUAUUAUUUAAAUGUAUAUAAAUUAAA